AUGCCUUUCCCAUUUACACUUCCGACGACAUCCUCAUUUUCAUUCUCCACUUACUUCGGAAGCGACUCGCAUCCCUCUCUUCCCCUUUCAGCCAGCACCUACCGUGGUGUCCUUAGAGAUGCUCUCAAGAAGCACAAACGGCUCCCUCCAUCUGAGCAAUCACCACAUCUAGCAUCCAUUCUCCUAUCUCUAAACAACUACGUCCCAUAUCUUCUCGCAGUAGACUCUGGAUUAGGAAGUCAGCCCAUAGCAGGAGAAGAGCUCGACGUCGUCCUCAAGUCAACACCAACAGUCGAAUGGCGGCCCACACUGUCAGACUCCACUCUCCCCGGACGGGAAAAAGGGCGUCUGAAGAUCCAGUCCCUGGAAUUUGAGAUAUACUUCGUCCUAUCAACUCUAGCAUACACCUAUACCCUACUCUCUCGGUCUUCACUGCAACCCCUCUACUCAUCAGCCGCUUCAUCCCCGUCAACGGAAGCCCGAACUCUCGCCAUCCAAACAGCAACAAAGCAUCUGCUCUCAGCAGCCUCAAUCCACGCCUACCUCUCUCACCGCUCUGAUUCCGUAGCUUCAUCACCACCUUGCAUCGACAUCACAAAAUCCACCUUUUCCGCGCUCUCCUCGCUCGCACUUGCAGAAGCCACACUUCUCGCUGUAUCAAAAGACGACCCUUACCCGGCAGCCGUUGCACAGGAUCGCAACAAGAAUGACAAAGAAUGGAUGAUCAAAGCGCCCGAAAUCCCCAAGGUGCGAGCGCAUUUAUUUGCGAGGUUGUGUUUAGCGGCUGCGGAGCACGCUGCUAAUGCGUUGGCGCUGCUGGGUGCUAGUGCUGGGAAGGGCGUGGGGAAAAUGGAUAGUGGUUUGGUGGGCUAUGUGGACGAUUUGAGAAGGACAGGGAGGGGGAAAGCGUGUCGCUUCUUUGGGAUUGAUGCCGAGUUGGGUGGGAAGAAUGGGGAGGGGAUUGCGUGGUUGCAUGCUGGAAUGCAUGAGUUGGGCUUUAAGAGCGGAGAGGGAGAGGCGAAGAAGGGGUUGAGCUUUGGGAGGCUGAAGAAGGGGUGGGAGGAGAAGAGGGAGGACAGGAGGGUUGAGAAGAGUUCUCAUUGGGGCGCUGAUGCGGGGAGGGCAGAAGAGCAGAGGGUGCUGGAGAUGUUGGAGAAGAAGUGGGUGAAGAUGAAUGAUACUAUCAACACGCAGGCUAUCCCUCCCAUUGGACCUUUGGUGGCAACCAUGCCUUCUGGACGCGAAAUUCACGCUUUGAAACCACUCAUUCUACCAGUUCUCGAUGCCUCGAUCUUGGAGAGUAUGCGAGCACCCCCGGAUCGGUCAGAUGAUUACGGAGACGGCAGCUCAGGCGAAGAAGAUGAGAGGCAGGAGCCAGUCGGUGCAUUCCCAGGGACGAAGGAAGAUUAUUCGAGUAGUAGUACCUAUUAUUGA